AAAGUUAAUAGUGGCCGUAAGUGAAAAGUAAUAGAAAGAUAGAGGACCAUAAUGCAAAAGAAAAAAGGCCAGAAAAAGUCAAUAUGAAGAAAAGGAAGGGUUAGGUGUAGAAAAUCUGAUCCAGUGAUCAGGAUUGGAUUGUCCGUCUGUCUCUGGUUACAAGCAGUGGAGCCCUUUCCCUUCUCCUUCUCCUUUUCUUUCGUGAGAGAGAGGCUCGUCUCGACGACACACACCCCCAAGUCCUUCUUCUUCUUACUUCAUUAUUUGGAUCUGAUUCGGAUCUAUCUCUCUCACUCUCACUCUCUCUCUCUCUCUCUCAGAUCUCCAUCGUCCUCUUGUAAGCUUCAUCAGACUUCUGAUCUCUUGUUACUACAAAACCCUAAAUCUCUUUGUCUAGAUUAAGAUUGCUUUCGAUUGGCAGCUUUAGUUGUGCAGAAGAAUCUCAGCUCUAUUGAAUUGCAGAUCCAUAAAGCUAAAUCCUUUCUACUUGUUUGACAUAUGUGGAGGAAGAGGAAAGAGGGUUUCUCUUUGAUGACAUGAGGGAUGUUAGCUACGUUAAUGAAACUACUGAGUGCUUGUCUCUGGCCUUCUUCCUGUUGUUUCCAUAUCCGGUCGGUGAUGUAAUAUUUAUAAAUGAUGUAAAGGGGUGGAGAUUUUCGUAUUAAUAGUCAAGAAUAAACAAGCUCGGUCAAUUACAAGAACUAAAGAUGCUCGUCUAAACAGUUCGUCUAAACAAAUAUCUUUCUAUUUUAUGGUUUGAGGUCGUCUGGGCCGAGCUCGCCUAAUGGUCGAGGUCGUCCAAGACUGUCUGUGAUGAAGAGGCGAUGCUCUCCUUUUCUGUACUUUCUGUACUUUUCUGUACUUUUCUGAGCGUCCUUUCAAUGAUUCUGACGUCUUCUAUUUAUAAUGACGUACGUUUUGUCUUCUAGCGAAAUCAUCAAUUGUUGCUUAACGGGCCGAGCCUGAUUUUGGGCUUAGCUCUUAAUGGACUGGUGCUAAGCCCAUCUCCAACAAUUGCCCCCCCCCCACAGUUCGCCAAGUGUUGAAUCUUGGUGAAUUCUUCUGGAAUCUUCUGUCUGAGAAAAUCAGGUCGGGCUCGGGAAUUGUCAGGAAAUAGGGCAACACUUUUUUCCUUUCCUAUAUAAGUGAUGGUUGGGUCUCUUAUUUUUUGUUCUUGUCCCCCAUUUGGAAGCAAGGUAAAAUUUUUUUGCUCCUUUUAUUAUUUGUGUGUGGUCAUUUGCCUUCUUUAUUUAUUAUAUUUUCUUUCUUGGUUCCUCCUUGCCGACAUAUCUUUCUUCUUCCCCUUUUUUUAUUUUAUUUUUUCUUUUUUAAAAAAAAGCAAAACAAAUCUUGUUGUUUGUCGUGAAGAGGUCCGUGCGAGAAGAAGGUUGUGGGGUUGAGCUCGUCUUCACUCUUCUCCUCCCUUUUGUCUUUAUUUUUUUUUUAAAAAAAAAGGAACAAAUCUGGUUUUGUUGUGAGGAGGUUCGUGAGAGAAGAAAGACUGUGGGGUUGAGCUCGUCUUUACUCUUCUCUUCCCUUUUUUUUUUUUUUAAAAAGGGAACAAAUCUGGUUUUGUUUGUUUAUCGUGAGGAGGUCUUGUGGGAGAAGAGAGGCUGUGGGGUUGAGCUUGUGUUCCUAGCUCGUCGACGGCGAAUCUGAGCAUGCCAAUGACGGGUCCGAGCUUGCCGACGGCGAGUCUGAGCUCGCCUCCUGUCGUCCCGAGCUUGCCAAUGGUGGAUCCGAGCUUGCCGCCUGAUGUUCCAAGUUUGUUAAUGCCGGCUCCGAGCUCGUCGACAGCGGUUUCGAGCUCGUUUCCUGUUGCUUUGAACCCGUUAAUGGUGGCUCCAAGCUUGCCUCUUGAUGUCCCUAGCUCGUCGACGGCGAAUCUGAGCAUGCCAAUGACGGGUCCGAGCUUGCCGACGGCGAGUCUGAGCUCGCCUCCUGUCGUCUCGAGCUUGUCAAUGGUGGAUCCGAGCUUACCGACGGCGAGUCUGAGCUCGCCUCCUGUCGUCCCGAGCUUGCCAAUGGUGGGUCUGAGCUUGCCGACGGCGCAUCUGAGUUUGUUAAUGGCGACUCCGAGCUCGUCGACGGUGGUUUCGAGCUCGUCUCCUGUUGUUACUUCGGGUUCGUUGUUAGUGAAAGAUUGUGGUCGAGAUGCGGAGGGCACGAGCUUGCCAUUGGUGGGGUCGAGCUCGGCUUUUGUUUUGAGUUCGCCAGUUCCUAGCUCGUUCCUAGGUUCGAGCUUGUCGCUUAAUGUUCCGAGCUUGCCAUUAUCGAUGAAGCCGUGUCAUGGUGAGGUGGGGCUGAGUUCGUCGUCUUUUGGUUCCAGCUCGUCUCUUGUUCCAAACUUAUCUUCUGUUGUAUCAAGCAUGCCUUCGGGUGGGAAGGUUGCUUGUGAGCAGCUGUCUUUGUUAGUUCGUAAGAUGGAGCUUGCUGAUGGCCGCAAGUCGUGGUCGGAGAUUGCCGAAUCUGUCAUUGCUGUUGAGUUAAGUACUCUUACUGGGAGUGAAGCAGAAGACAGGGUAAGCGCGAGUUUGAUCGAGGAAGGGACCGGGUUUCUUUUUGAUGAGCAUGGGACUAAUUUAGCGGUGGAGCCUGGUGUUGAGGGAUCGGGGUUGGUUUUAACAACACCUCUUAUUGUCCCUAGUUCGUCAUCUUUGACGAAGAAGACUAUGUUAGAAACCAUCCAGGAGCAUGAGCAGAUGCGGCUGGCGAACUUUUCCCAAACUAAGGAGUCGUCGUCGGAAACUACAAGUUCCUCUGAUGAUGAUAGUUCGUACUCGAGUUCUCGUAGUGAGAAGUCUGUGGAUAGUGCUGGUGUUGCUGGUGAAUAUGAUGACGUUUCUGAAGAUGAUAAACGAGAUGAUGACGUUGAAAGUGUUGGUGUUGAGGAUGAUGGUGAUUUCAGUGGUGAAUGUGAUGAUUCUAGUGAUGAGCAGGAUAGUUUUAGUGGUGAGCAAAGCGGUGUUAGUGGUAGUCUAGGAGUCAUUGUUGGAGAUGGGCUUAGCACCAGUCCAUUAAGAGCUAAGCCCAAAAUCAGGCUCGGCCCGUUAAGCAACAAUUGAUGAUUUCGCUAGAAGACAAAACGUACGUCAUUAUAAAUAGAAGACGUCAGAAUCAUUGAAAGGACGCUCAGAAAAGUACAGAAAAGUACAGAAAGUACAGAAAAGGAGAGCAUCGCCUCUUCAUCACAGACAGUCUUGGACGACCUCGACCAUUAGGCGAGCUCGGCCCAGACGACCUCAAACCAUAAAAUAGAAAGAUAUUUGUUUAGACGAACUGUUUAGACGAGCAUCUUUAGUUCUUGUAAUUGACCGAGCUUGUUUAUUCUUGACUAUUAAUACGAAAAUCUCCACCCCUUUACAUCA